ACCAAAACGGCAACAGCAAACACAAUUUUUUUUUGUUUAUUGAAGAUGGCUGAGGAAAUGGAGAAAGAAGUUGAAUCUGCAGAAACAACGACCACGGGAGGAAGCGCUGAAGAUACAAAUAAACAUAGACCGAGCUUGCUAUCCUUUAUCGGUUUACAGGUAAAUCAGCAAUCAACUGUAUAUAUUCUAUUUAUCAAAUUUUCAGAAUAUAAAUAUGUCAUUUGGCUCACUGCUCUUACUUUAACUUUUAUCUAUAAUGCCUUGGUGAUACCAAUGCGCAGUACCUAUCCGUAUCAAAGUGACAGUAAUCUAAAAUAUUGGCUUAUUGCUGAUUACAUUAGCGAUACUAUGUACAUUGCGGACAUUGUUCUGGUCAAACCAAGGCUUAUUUUUAUGCGAGGAGGCAUCCCAGUGACAGACCGUAAAGAAACACGGAAAAACUACUGGUCAAGUGUUCGAUUUAAGCUCGACUUGUUAUCGCUGAUACCAUUAGACUUCAUGUACUUCUGCACCGGUCCGAUUGCAAUUUGGAGAUUUAGUCGAGUGAUGAAGAUAGCAACAUUUUGGGAGCUGUUCGAUCUGCUUGACAACGCCUUCUCUACAGCAUUUCUUAUCAGAGUAACAAAAACUUUAUUCUACAUGCUUUACAUAAUCCAUUGUAACAGUUGUCUUUACUAUAUGAUAAGCGCUUGGGAAGGUUUCGGACAAAUUGCAUACCGUAUUAACGGCAGAUGGUAUGUGAACAAAUGGGCUUACACUAAUCAAGGUAAUGCAUACAUUCGUUGCUUUUACUUUGUCGCCGCAGUGGCUACAUCUAUUGGAAGUAACCCCGCUCCGACAAAUGUAAUUGAAUACAUUUAUAUGACCUUCUCUUGGAUGAUGGGUGUUUUUGUAUUUGCACUUCUGCUUGGUCAGAUUAAAGACAUAGUUUCAAAUGCAAAUCGAAAUCGAGAGAACUAUCGACAAACUAUGGAUGCUGUGCUUGGAGAAUGCAGUAAUCUCGGUUUACCAAAGCAAACAAUUGAUCGAGUUCGGGACUGGUUCAACUACACAUGGCAACAACAGAAAACACUGGAUGAACAAAAACUGAUUGACAAACUGCCACUGAAGCUGCAAACCGACUUAGCUCUUUCAGUACAUUAUAACACCUUCAGUAAAGUGCAGCUUUUUCAGGAUUGUGACAGAACUUUAAUUCGAGAACUUGUUUUAAAACUACGUCCUGUUAUAUUUUUACCUGGUGACUGGGUAUGCAAGAAGGGUGAUGUCGGUAAGGAAAUGUAUAUUGUUAACAAUGGAGUUCUACAGAUUAUCGGUGGACCUAAUAACACCACUGUUUUUGCAGAACUGACUGAAGGAUCUGUGUUUGGAGAAAUUAGUUUACUAGCGAUUGGCGGAAACAACAGGAGAACAGCGAACAUACGGUCUAAAGGUUACUCAACGCUUUUUGUGCUUUCAAAAGAGGAUCUGAAUGACGUUAUUAAGGACUAUCCUGCAGCCCAAAAACUAUUGAAAAGAAAAGCUAAACAAAUGCUGAGUAAAGAUUCAAAAGCAAAAGAUGCCGAGGGAGAAAAGAAACAAAAAACACUGGAAGAAAUCUGCCAGGUAACCGCACGCAUUGAAACUCCACGUAUGUUAAGCACCGUAGUUGAGGUGCUUCCCCGACAAUCCGUUACCUAUCAGCACCUACAAAAUAUACUUGGUAAGCAAAUGUCGACAUUCAUUAUUCUUUCCAAUCCGGCGAAAAAACAGUAUUGGCGUGAUCAGAGUUUGAAAAUGAAACCGAUCUUUAGCAACCAACUAGGUUAA